GAAGCUUCUGCCAAUCAGAAUCCGAAAACGCAGGUCAUGUGACUCUAUCUCCGCCGCCAUCAUCGUUACUGGCAGUGAAGCCUCGCAGAGGGUAGAGUGGAUUGCCUGCGGAGCUUCGUGGAGUGUUAACGACUGAAUAUUGUUCGGGCAGCAGCUAUGGUUCAGACGUGUUCAGCUUACGGAUGUAAGAACCGCUACCACAAAGACAAAGAUAUCUCUUUCCACAAGUUUCCUCUAGCGCGUCCAGAUGUUUGUGGGAAAUGGGUGGCAGCGAUGAGGAGGAAUAACUUCAAGCCGACAAAGUACAGCAACAUCUGCUCGCAGCACUUCACCAAGGACUGUUUCAAGAGAGAGUGCAACAACCGAGUGCUGAAGGAGAACGCCGUGCCAUCACUUUUCACCUUCAAUCUCAGCAUCAAGUCAGAGUCUCUGGAAGAUCCCUUCCCCUCAGAGAUCCACUUCCCACUCUCUCUACCUCUCGCCUCUGAUCCAGCCUUGGAGGAGAUGGAGGAGUCAGAGUCCGGGAGGAGCUUGCCUGACACCCAGGGCGACACAAUAUUUGUCUCCUGUGACCACAAUUACACAGCGGAAGACUCUGUGCGGCAGAAGAAGCGCAUUGAGCAGCUGGAGGAGCAGGUGGAGUGUCUGAGGAAGAAGCUGAAAACGACACAGCAGAAGUGUCGACGUCAGGAGAGGCAGCUGAAGAGGCUGAAGGCCACCUGUGAGGUGGCCGGGAGCGGUUGUGAGCCAGCUGCAGCGUUUGCAGGUGGUGCUAGAGAGCUGUAUGUCAAAUCAGCAGAUAAGUCCCGGGAUUCUGUCUUGAUGUCCUGACCACCGAUCACACUGCAUCAAGUAAGUAGAUGGUGUGCUAGGUAUGCACUCUCCUUAAACCCACAUUAGAUAGGCAGAAGGUAUUAGGAGUUGAAAAGAAAAGGCAAAAAUUUGAGGGAAAAAACUGAAAAAUCUAUCUUUGUAUCUCUUUGAUUAUCUUGUGACUCCACUUUGAGGCAUAACAGCCCUCUGGUUGAGAACCAGUGAUAUGGUCUGAACAUCUGUUCUCUAACAAUGUGGAUAUAUUGGAGAUUUAACAAAACAAACAUUACAGUUCUGGUUCCCCAGAGGAUGAGCACUAUUAGUUGUCAUGACCCCAUGGCCGCUUUCUGGCAUCAAGACUAAGAAUAGUUCAAUCAUCAGUAUGUUGUCUGUUCUGUCCGUCACCCUCAUAAUGUGGCUGUAAUGGACGCUGUAGGAUGUCACCUCCUCAGUGACCUCGAGCCUCCUUUAAUAACAGACCUCCAUGGGGCUGAAUCUGAUCCAGGUGGAUGUGUUUGGAAUGAAGUUCCUUCCCCCCGGCGCAGUGUCAAGGUUGUCCUGUAUGAACUGUAACAGUCCUUGGGCUGCAGUCUGACUGUUAUGAUUAAACAGUACCUGGAUAAUGUUCUUCUCCCAGCAUGCUCUGCUGCUGCCACCAGCAACCAGAAAUAAAAGUAAUGCUGGUUUAUAUACAAAGUACUUUUUAUAUGGAGACAGUGACUUAUUAAUUUACUUUUACCGGUCAUUAUCAAGAUUAGAUUUUUUUUUUUCUUUUCCCGAUUACAAUAUGUAAACCUUUAACAUGCUGGAAUGUUUGACGUGAACAAAUUACAUGAAUUUGAAAUACAC